AGUGAACAGUCUAAAGUUUGGCGGGGAAUGGCGGCAAGCUCUAACCGCAGUCUCUGGCGUGUGGUCACGGGACAUUCCGCGCUCAGAGAUCACGCUCUAAUAGAGAGGGAAUUGAGGGACUCACUCACUAGACUGAGGGAGGGUGUGGCCUACUAUCGACCUCCCUGCCCAGCGUCUGAAAAGAAGAUCAGAGAUGGUGGAAAAUUGAAGGGAAACAAACUUACCCUUGUCCUUGAAAUUAGCUCUCACCUGCAACUAGAUCAGGAGCAGGCUCCGGAUUUGUUUGAGGGGUUUCUAAUAAAUGCCCACCUGGGUACACUGGGUGAGUUGAGGGAGAGGGUGAGAAGUGAGGGAGGGAGGAGGGAGGUAGUGGAGGAGGUGGCCAGCUACUACCACUCCGAGAGACUCCACCUGCUCCGCUGUCUGAAACACAUGCUGGGGUUUUGGCAGGAUCCCAAUCACCCAUUCCGGGAUGUCUAUAGUGUAUGUAUUGGAGAAAUUACGAAAGAUGAGAAGUCAUUCAUCAAAUCCUUAUGGAGUCAGUACCAAGCUGCAGUAGACAAUGAUCUUCCAAGUCAACUCUCUGUGAGUGAGGAGACUCAGUGGAGUGUUCAGAGAUUGGUAGAGCAGGUGGAGCUUCUGGAAGCGAUACUUUUGUACUACAAGGACUUUGUUCAUGAGGGGGCCGAGCUAGUGUGCCACGCCCAGCAACUGUGGAAGAAUGGGUGUGGUCUGCGACAGAGUUGCCCCGUCUCUCUGGUAGAUGGAGCUGAGCUUCUUCAGCGACACAUUGGCCACCUCUGUUCCCUGAUUCUGGUCGAAUCACUUGACCUGGAGUCCAUUCUGGCUCACCUGGAGGACCCUGGAUGUUUAGAGGACCACCAUCUGCUCAAGUCUGAUUCCAGUUCUGAAGUUGAGCAACUGGACAACCUGUUUUCAAAGUGGGGUGACCAGGAUUGCCUCACCCCUGUCCUGCUUUCCUGGGCUCUCCUCCAGUUUGCCAAACAACAGUCGCACACUGAUCUUGAGGAUGUUAGGUUGCUAGGUAACCGAGCACUAAGUGGAGGGGUAUUUCAGUAUGUUCGGUGUCUCCUUGGUUCCCCGUUUUUCUCACGAGAGAGGCCGGUGGGUGGGGCAUGUCGCAGCGUUCUGCAUGCUCUCCUCGCUCUGGCUCUCUCGCAGUUCAGUGACGACAGUCUCGGAGACCGUCAGGAUCUGGUUGCCAUAGCAUCGCUGACUCUGACACACCCACCACUGAGACUCCAGUUUUGGGAUCAGGGGCUGAGUGUUGGAGUGGGUCUGCUGGUCAACUCAUCUCUCAGUCAUUUCCCCUCCUCUUCCUCCCUCACCUCCCUUCUCCUCUCGCUGGCCGGAGACCAAGUGUCUGCAGGUCACGUGUGGCAGCUGCUGGCCUCUCUACCUCGCUUCACAGAGAAACUGCCUCACAGGGAAAUAGGGACACAGGUGAAGGUGGUGACAGCUGAUGAGGGGGAAGCCCCCAUGUUGAAGGUGAUUAAGCCACGCAGCUUUUACACCAGCGAGGCUCGCUGGCUCGGUCUCCAUGGUGUUGUCCUUGGCAAUGGGGUGUGCGGGGAGGUGUGGGAGGGGUGGGAGGGGGAGGAGCUUGUGUCUUGGCCCCUCCCACACAGUGUGUCCGGAUGGGACCUCCUGGCUCUGGAGAUAGUCAGACUUCUCCAGACCUGUCCACUCGAUUCGUCCACUGAUGUACUGGUUGCCAGGGUGACGGGAUCUAUUCGUCUAGUCACCCAGUUGGUGAAAUCUGAUUGGUCGCUUGCAGCUGAAUUGCAUCACAUUACCUCACAGGCCUUUUCCAUGGUUCAGAGAUUUGCUGCUCUUCCUCGUCCUCCCACCACUCUGCUCGCCUCCUGCGUCUCCUGUCUGGCUGUCAUGGCAACCAACAAUACAGCUGAGACUUGGUUGACUCUCGGUCAAACCGGCUUUCUCCCCUACCUCUCCUCCUCCCUCCCUCCCUCACACGACAACUUGGAAUGCCUCUCUGUCGCCCCUGGUAAUUACGGGCAGCUCCUCAAGAUGGCGGAAUGCCCCGAGGGUGGCUACCCAGUUACCAUGGCAAUGCUUGAUCUCCUAGCAACCACCUGUCUCCCUGGCAACAGUGUCGUGUUACGAGAGCAGCUGGCAACGGUAAUCUACAUAAUGAGAGAGGUUUUCCUCUCGUGUCACAAGUGGAAGUUCAAACUUCGCUCCGGUCGUCGUCAGCUGGAGCUGGGGCUGCUGAGGUUCUGUCACGACACUCUUCAGAGACACAGGGACUCUCCCUUUUCCCUGGGGGUUGUCGUGGCAACCCAACUGUUGAGUUGUCCGGGGGAGCAGGGACUUCUCCCUCUCCUCUCCCUCCCUGUCUCCACACUCAACUCACUACACUCCGCAGCUCUUGGGACAUCGUCUGUGUCGCCUGCGGUCGAGAGUGUCCGGCUCUCUCUCUCCAUCCUCAACCUUCUCCUCCAUGCCCCGCCCACUCAACAGUCCAGUCUCCUGGAAUGGAAUCUGGCCAACACAUAUCCUCACAUUGUCUCCAACAUUGCCUCCUACAUCUAUCACUAUGGCGACUCCAGAAUUCCCAUUGGGGCGACAGCGGUGCUGACUCGGCUAUGCCAGGCAACCCCUCUCUCUGUGUUCUCUUGUCUGGGCACCGACGCCGUCGUCAAGAGAGACGUCUUCAUCUCACGACUCUCGUCUCGUGUCGAGGAGGAGGAGCUGAAGAGAGGGGUACUGGGUCUCCUGACUGAGGCGGUCUCCUUGCAGCCUGCUCUGGCUGAGCUGUUUCUCUCUGUCCAGUCUUCUUCCUCCCAGGGACAGGUCAAGUAUUCUCUAGGGGACAGCAGCUGUCUCCAUGCAGUAAUGAAGAUAGUGUCCUCUCCUUCCUCCCCUCCCCUCCUCCCUCCCUCCCUACACCUCCUCCGCUCCCUGUGGCACGGUCGCCGUGACGCCGUACUCCACGCUCUCAGGGGAAUCCCCUCGUUCUGGAAGAAUGUGACCACGCCCCUCUCGGACCCUCCGUCUUUCUCUUCCCACAAACCCUCUAAGAGGAGCGGGCUGCCAAUGGAUUUAUUUUCAGAAUCCUCUCCCGAGGAACUGACCAAUCAGAUGAUGGCUGCUUGUCAUGUGAUGCACAUCGUUGCCAUGGAGAUGUACUAUGUUAUACAAGACAAGCUGGAUGACGGUCUCCAGUCCAUUCUCAAAGACUUUGUCUCCAAAGAUGGCAUCAAGAACUGGAACGAGUGCCUGCUGUAUCCAGCAAAGGAUGUUUCGCAAUCUUCCACGGCAGUUCUGCAAGCUCAGCAUCAGCUAGUGAUUGGGUGGAAGACAUUCCUGAUGGUUGCCACUAGCAACCAGCCUGCAUUGUUUGGUUUUACCUCCCCAUCCUCCCACCCCUCCCCCUCUCACCCUUCUCCCCCAACUCACAUCAUCACUGACAUAGUGUGUGCUAUAGAGUCUCAGCUGGCUGCUCCGGUUUCCAUGCCAACAGUUGCCAUGGCUACCGAGCUAAGUCUCCUGAUGAUGGUGCUGAUAAAGAAGUGGAAAAGCAAUCUGCCGGGCUCAGAGGUGGGCGAUCUGAUUGGUCAGUUCAGUCACAUGAUGUCUCAUGUGGUCCGGCUGGACUCGACGCAGGCCUCCUCUCUCUGUCUCCAUCUCUACACCUCUGCCCACCUCCUCCUCUCCCUCUCUCACGCCAACAAAGGUCUGCUACAGAAACUUUAUAGGGACAAAACCUCUUAUUUUGGUGGCUAGCUAUAAUAACUCAGAGAGACCUGUUUAAAUAUUGCAGAUUGCUGGUUCCACUAUAUAAAUUUUACUGCCUACACAUUAGCACUAAAUUUUUCUCCCUUGUGAAAAAAGAAUUUUCCUAUAUAUACUUGCCCGAUACUUUGCAUCUUCCUAAUAUGGUCCGGUUCCCAUGUCAGUGAGUGUGGAGACGAGAUUCCUUCUGGGCCUCGUUCCAUUCCUGUCCCACACUCUCCGCUGUCACCAUGACAACUCAAAGGGACCCAGUCACAGGCCUGAUAUCCAAGCAAUGUGUCUCCUCUCCGAAAUGGUGGGUGGAGUCUCUGACUGGUCUCCAUGGUUACUGGCAUUCAGAAACGAGUCCCUGAUUCCACUGCUCAUUCAGUCAGUAGACGAGAGGUUAAAGAUGCAAACCGAUGAAGCACUUAUUGAAGCAAUACUGGGGGUGUUUGUUGCCAUGGCGUCCAGUCAGCCAGCAGCUGAGGCUCUGUUGGUUAGCGGUCUCCUCCAGGUUUUGUCGCUCCCUCUUGCCAGUUGCCUUGACAACAAGCUAAACCCCGCCCCCCUCACUUCCAAAGUGAGCUCUUCCCAACACAUUUUAUAGUUUUGUGUGAAAUGAUUGUCGUACUUUUAACAACAAUCUGAGGGAAAUGACAGGGCUACAAACUAAGAGUUUUGUUUUGUGUUCAGUUGCCAGGCACCCCAGUUCUGAAGCCACACCCCCCGACGACGUGGUCCAGUGUGUGGCAGUUGAGUCUGCGAGUAGCUGGUCUCAUGUGCCACACCCUCUCUCACCUCUCCCUCCCUUCCCUCCUCGACCUCGUCGGCACUCACCAACUGAGAAUCACUCAGGGUCUGGAUGUGAUGGUAGCCAUCACGUCUCUGUCGUCGCUGGAGACGACGACCAGCUCUCUCUUCUUUCUCUGUCAGCUGCUGCGCCAUCGACGACAGCUCUGUUUCUCUCUCCCUUCCUUCCACGACACGGCCCUCUCCGCCGCACUCUCUCUCCUUGCUGCCGUGGCAACCAUCCUCUGUCGCCGAGCAACCCUCAAACACAUCGUCAAGACGAUGCACGCUGCAGGACUCUUGCCUUCUAAUUACUGCCCACCUCCCACCAAAAGGGGGUGUGGCAAAGAGGGAAAGGAAGAUAUUUGGACAACUGGAUGUGGUCUAAACUCUGCACUCGCUCGACUGCAGUCCGGCCUCUUGUCUACUCUCCUGUCAUGCAUUGCCAUUGUCCAGCAUUUCAGUCCCUCCCUUAGCGACAUUGUCACGGCAACAACUCAGCUAGACAGAGAUGAGUACCCAUGCCUCUUCCUGCCUGCUGUGACUCCGCCCACCGUGGACCAGACCACACCCCCUUCCCUUGGAGCUCUGACGACAUGUCUGUCAAUAGGUCUGGAGCUAAUGAGGAAGGUAGACCCCCACCAGAGGGUGUCGGGGACCCCAAACAAGUCAAAAUCUCCAGCAAAGACCCCCUCCUCCUCAAAAUCACCGUCCAAGUCCCCACGACCUCUGACCCCAGCGGAGCGGCAGCGGCAGCGAGAGGCGGUGGCAGUGAUGGAGAGAUCGGCAGUUCUCUGUGUGGGACAGUCCCUCUGCGCCCUCGCCAGCCACGCCCACUCCACCCACGAUCUUCAGCUGAUGAGCAAGGAAUUGGCCAACGAGCUGAGCACAUUCUGCCACUCUCUGUUACUGAUUCUCAACAGAAGAAAUACCUCCUCUGCAUCCUCGCAGACUCCGCCCACCUCAUAUCAAGAGGCGUGGUCAGGGAAGGCGGGGCUUGCAUUCUUGGAGACGAGGGAACAAGUGGUGUUCAGAGUGACGGACAGUUUCAGCAAACAACUCUUAUCUUUCCAUUAGUCUAAUGUAUUGCUGUCUAUUCUGGAUUGUGGAUUGUACAAUCUAUUGUGGAUA